AUGGCGGCAAACUCAAACUCUGGUCUAGUCGAGAGUCACAGGUGGGAGACGACAACAGGACUAGACAAGAUUCAAACGAAAGACGUCGAUAUUGCUGCUAACUGUACAAGUACAACUGAUAGUGACAACGCGAGCGGUGGAUUGUUCGAACGGAUAUCUAGUAAAACAUUGCAAACGCGCAGACUUCCUGCGUGGAUGUCGUGCGAAGACGACCCUAAAAAGAAGUCUAAAACAUACGAUAGCAGUCACUGUGGUGGUGGCUCUGUGUGUCCCGUAUGUACGUCACAAUCAAGACCGCCACUGACGUUCAAUGGAGCCAUUGAAUAUAUACACAAUGCUGCAGAAGCUGAUUUCGUAUGUGAGACUAUUCUUGGCCGACAACCCGCACAGCUGGGAUUUGACAUUGAAUGGAAAGUAACGUUUACUCGUGGACAAGCGCCAUUGCAAUGUCCGACUGCUCUCGUGCAGUUGUGUCUUUCGUCGACACGAUGCUAUCUAUUUCAAGUGAGACGAAUGAAAGCGUUUCCUUACAAGCUCAAGGAAAUACUUGAAAGCCCGGAUAUAUUGAAAUUGGGUGUUGGUAUUCGUGGGGACAGCUUCAAGCUUCAUCGAGACUACGACAUUCAUUGUCAAGGAGUGAUUGAUCUCUCUUGUGUGGCAAAUAAAAUUUUAAGGUCAUUUGAAACGUGGAGUCUGAAAGAUCUUGUUUUGCAUCUGUUUCACUUGGAGCUUUCGAAGGAAAAUCGUGUUCGGUUGAGUAACUGGGAGGUGGCACUCUGUCCUGAUCAGCAAGUUUAUGCUGCUACGGAUGCGUAUGCUGGUUUAUUAAUUUAUCAAAAACUGCAAAGUAUUAGGACAGAGAGAGAAAUACAUUCAAACUGAUUCGUCUGGUUUGAUGUGAUUAUGGAGAUUGUCUUUGAUUGCCAAAUGUAUUUUUUCAAAGAGUUUUAUUGCUUGAAUGCUUGAUAGCUUAUUGUAAUAGGUAGUUCUUCAUA